AAGAAACAGUCACAAAUUGGUCAAAAAUAAAAGAAGAAGAAGAGAUAGCAGAUUAAGUUGCAGAUUCAAAAUUGGAGCAGUUACUUUGAGAAUCGAGGGUGAAGAUAAAGGUAGUAAUCAUUGUAGAAUAGAAUUGGGAUUUCACAUAGUGCAUAUAAGGUGUUCGACAAAAUUCCCCACUGAAAAGAAGCUUGCUUUAUAGUAUCUGUUAGUGGGAGUUUUAAGCUGCUUAUGGCUCUUGCAAUUCCACUUCCAUUAACGCUUUUCAAGAAUUUCAACCUCUUUAGUACUAGUUCAUCAUCGUCCCUCUGCACCUUCCUUCCUCUGCAAACAAGAAACUUAGUUACUAAACAUCUGAUUGUAAAAGCAAAGGCAAAUACUCGAAAGGAGAGUCCCAAAAUCCGAAACAGAAGAAUGCAGAAAAAGUUCAAUGGCACAUCCACAAAGCCAAGACUAUCUGUGUUUUGUUCAGAGAAGCAACUUUAUGCAAUGCUGGUAGAUGAUCAGAAUAAGAAGUGUUUAUUCUAUUGUAGUACCCUUCAAGCAUCUAUACGUGAAACAACUCCUCAGUGUAGCACCAUGGUAAGCAUUUCAAGAAUUGUUGAGGAUUUUCAUCUAUCUUGACGCGUUUCAUGUUCAAUUGGACUUUUGUAGGAAUAUGCCAAACGGGUUGGGGAAGAGCUUGUUAAGGCCUGCAUUGAGCUUGAUAUAAACGAAAUAUCAUAUUAUGAUCGGAAUGGAUUUGCUCGUGGGGAGAAGAUUCAGGCAUUUGAGAUUGCAAUCUCUAACCAUGGAUUCUUGCCAAAGUAAUAAACUUGAUUGGGGAUGCUCAAAGAUUAUUUACUUAGAAUUAGCAUUUAUUCACUAAUCUUGAACUCAAUGUAUUUCAUCCGCUUCAAUCAGUGUGGCUUUAUAUGAGAAUAUAACUCAGAGUUCAAGACUCUUACCAGUU